AUGUCGUCCCCGGUGUUGGACGAGGCCGCGCGCAUUGCCCGCGAAUUCGAUUACCCCGCCGAGGAGGUCCAGCGCGGGGUGAAGGAGUACAUCCGGGAAAUGGAGGAGGGACUGAGCAAGGAGGGCGCCACUCUCAGCCAGAUCCCAACCUACGUCACCUCCGUCCCCAAUGGCACAGAAAAGGGCCUCUACCUGGCCGUGGAUCUUGGCGGCACCAACUUCCGCGUGUGCUCAAUUGAUCUCCAUGGGGACACCACCUUCUCCCUCACCCAGUCGAAGAUGAUGAUCCCGCGCGAGUUGAUGGCCUCUGGCUCCUCCAAGGAUCUCUUCCACUUUCUGGCGCGGCAGAUCGAAUCGUUCCUGCGCAUCCACCACAACGAACACUUUGAGGCGCAUGAGCGCCGCCGACUGCAAGGCGACGUCGAACAGGAGCUGUUCGACCUGGGCUUCACCUUCAGUUUCCCCGUCCGUCAGAUGGGCAUCAACAAGGGCACCCUCAUUCGCUGGACGAAGGGUUUCAACAUCCCCGACGCCGUCGGCCACGAUGUGUGCGCGCUCCUGCAGAAUGCCAUUGACGACCUGGGCCUGCCGGUGCGCGUCGCCGCGCUUGUCAAUGACACGGUUGGUACCCUGAUGGCUCGCUCCUAUACGUCGCCCGGUGAGACGGGCACGUUCCUGGGCGCCAUCUUCGGAACUGGCACCAACGGCGCCUACCUGGAGAAGCUGGACAAGAUCACGAAAAUGGCGACGAUCGAGCACUCCGACUAUGAUAAGUCCACAGGGGAGAUGAUCAUCAACGCUGAGUGGGGCAGCUUCGAUAACCACCUGAGCGUCCUGCCGAACACACUCUACGAUCAGCAAUUGGACGCCGAGAGCAACAACCCCGGCGUGCAGAUGUUCGAGAAGCGCGUCUCGGGCAUGUUCUUGGGCGAGAUUCUGCGCCGUGUCAUUCUCCACAUGUACCAGAAUGAGUCGCUGGAUUUCUUGAAGUCCUCCGCCUCGGAUGUCGUGGUGCCGGAGAACUCCAACCUCUUCCGCCAAUGGGGCGUCGAUACCAGCUUCCUGAGUCUGGCCGAGGCCGACAAGAGCUCGACCCUGGAGCAGACCAAGACGGCGCUCAAGGACCACUUCAAGAUCGAAAACCCCAGUGACCGCGACUGCAAGGCGAUCCAAACAGUCGUGCAUGCCAUCGGAAAGCGUGCGGCGCGCCUGAGUGCCGUCCCGCUGGCCGCCACUCUCAUUUCGACGGGCAAGCUGCAGAGCGACGAUCUGGUAGACAUCGGUGUGGACGGCAGUCUGGUCGAGUUCUACCCCAACUUUGAGGGUUACAUGCGCGAGGCUCUUCGCCAGGUGCCGGAGGUAGGCACUGCUGGCGACAAGAAGGUGCGCAUUGGCAUCUCCAAAGACGGCAGUGGGGUGGGAGCUGCUCUGAUUGCCCUCGUGGCGAGCAGGGAAAAGGCCAGGACCAAAUCCCAAUAG